UAUUCUUAGGCCACGAAAAGCCUACAAACUAAUGAAUGAAAGAUUGUCUGUCACUUUCAGGUACAUUCUCAACUGCUGUAACUAUCUUCAACCAUGGCUACCAAUUCCAUUUUCUCAUCUUCCUUUCGAUUAGUCACUACCACAAUCCCUCUCUCCCUCUUCCCCAAAACCCCAGCUUUCCUUCCUUCUCUGAGAAAAACUCUCUUCUCUAAAUCCAUCACCUUCCAGAGACUUCCAUCAUCAUCACCACCGCCGCCGCUGCCAUCAUCAUCCAAUUCCCUUCAACCCAUCGAAGACCUUCCCCCGAAGCUCCAAGAAAUCGUCCACCUUUUCCAAUCCGUCCGCGAACCAAAGGCCAAAUACGAACAGCUCCUCUUCUAUGGCAAAAACCUCAAACCCCUCGAGCCCCACUUCAAAACCAACGACAACAAGGUCCAAGGUUGCGUCUCCCAGGUCUGGGUCCGAGCCUACCUCGACCCCAACCGCGACGUCAUCUACGAAGCCGACUCCGACUCCGGCCUCACCAAAGGCCUCGCCGCGUUGCUCGUUCACGGCCUCUCGGGUCGACCCGUUAGUGAAAUCAUUCGGGUCACGCCGGAUUUUGUCACGCUGUUGGGGUUGCAGCAGAGCCUGACCCCCUCGAGGAACAACGGGUUUUUGAACAUGCUUAAAUUGAUGCAGAGAAAGGCGUUCAUGCUGUACGUGGAAGCUGAAAGGGGUGGUGAGUUCACUGAGUUGAAGUCACCCGAGUCGAAUUCUGAUAGCAUUGUUGAAAAUCCUUCAAAGGGUGGAGAAAGUUCUGAACUUGGUGAGGGUGAUGUUGGUUUGGAUUCUGAGGGUGGUGUGGAAUUGGGAGGGAGGGGGAAGAGGAUAAGGGAGAAGUUGCAGAAGGAGCUUGAGCCUGUUGAGUUGGACGUUGAGGAUGUGUCUUAUCAGCAUGCGGGGCAUGCUGGGGUUAGAGGGAGUGAUGGAGAAACGCAUUUCAAUGUUAAAGUUGUGUCUAGGGAGUUCGAAGGGAAGAGUUUGGUUAAGAGGCAUAGGCUUAUUUAUGGCCUUCUGCAAGGGGAGUUGGAAACUGGAUUGCAUGCCCUGUCUAUCGAGGCGAAGACGCCGGCUGAAGCUGAAGGAUGAGAGUUCAUUAGGCUGCAAGAGAGGUCAAGGUUUUAUGAGUUUUGUUUGUUGAACCAUAAUGGUGCUCGGUGUUGGUUAGAAGGGUAAAUUCUAUUUGUUGGAAACCUACGCUCAUGAAUGCAAUAGAAUGGAUUUAGAUUUGUUGAAGUUGACGCUUUCACUCCAAUAAUGUUAUUGUGAACAAGUCCCGUGUUGUUACCUAAAUUUCUCUGCUAACGGAGGAUUUAACUAAGGUUCCCCAGAUAUCAGAAGAUGUAAAGGCCAUGGUCAGAUCAGAUGCAAAGGUUUUAUUGGAAAGAUUUUCGCUACUGUUUCUUGUCCUGUUGGAAAGUCAUAUGCAGAAUUGACUCUGGGAUUCAACCUUCAAACAUAUGGUUGCUGAAGACUAAUAUAUAGUUUCUACCUCCAUGGUAGUGGUGGUGCUACCAAGUGAAUGGCUGUCAGAAUUGGAAACCAAAGUGAUCAAAAAGUCAAAUAGAUCAGUGGCUAUAACUGCAGAGGUCAAGUCCUCUUUGUGCAGAGUCCUCCUUUUGCCUUGGAUGGCCAUGAUCCAGGACCUUCUAGUAAGUUCCUCAAUGAAGAGCUCACAAGCCUUGGAGAAGAUAAUUGGAGCCUCCCCUGAUAUCAUUUUAACAUCAUCCCCUGACUUCUUCAUGAUCUUCUUGAUCCUUGCCAAGGGCAGAGAGUGGGGUCCUGUCCUUCCUGAUACCCCUCCACACAGUAACCCUGAAUAUGCACCAGCUUGUCUCAUAUCUGUUCUACUUCUGAGUUAAUUUCAGCUUCAAUGCUCUCUGAUAUUACUCUUAAUUGUAGCUUCAGUGUUAUAUAUACACCAUUUUCAUUUGAAUCUUUCAUAGUAAAACUCCAAUAACAUGGCCGGCCAAGCCUGCUUUUAGCUCACAAA